AUGAAUACAGAUAUUGAUUCAAUAACGUCUUUGGGAAUUGACAUAGAAUCCGUGAAAUCUUUCUCUAUAGAAACGGAAAUCACCGUUUCAAUUUCUGAAGAUAACGAUUUUAUCGCAAUCGCAAGUUUUGAUGAGUCAGAUAAGACAGUUUUAUUACGAUAUUAUUAUAUCGACUCCAAUUGUAAUGGUUCUGUAAAGAUUAAUCUCAAGAAGGUUCCCAUUAAUGGUAAAAUUAACAUGACCAUCUCGAAGUUAAUUCCACCGAAUUACGUACGAUUCAGAAACAAGGUUGACAGGAUAAUCUCUAAAGUAUUUUCAUGGACCGGUGAAGGAUUUUUCUCAUUACCGUUCCAUAUUUUCAAAAAGAUCAACAAACCUAUUUCAGAGUCAAGAUCAAAUUCAAAAUAUAUACGGUUCAUUAUCCUAUCCUGUCUAUGCAAAGAAAAUUAUUCGGAUGAAGCGGAAGCUGUAGAAAACAAAAACAAAUCUGUGUUCAUAUUUUUAAGUUUGGAAAGUGACUCCGCAACUAAUAGAACUGUAAAUAUACAACAUGAGACUGUCUCAGAUGAAGCUCAAGUUGUGUUAGGUAAACUCGAUGCCGUGUCCAUAAACUUGCAACCGGAAAAUGUUUCAAACGAAACCAAAGUUGAGUUCGUAGUUUUGCCAAACGAUGAAGGUCAAUCGCAAUUUGAAGAAGGUAUUUUAAUGGAUGUUAAGAACAAAGAAUUUAUUAGCGCUGAAUUCCUUGCUGAUGGCGAAACACUUGCCAUCCAAUAUGAUGACGCUAUCCAAUAUUUGUCAGUCGAAUUCUGGCCCUGGAAACUGUUCUAUAAACAGAGAUUAUGUGACGGAACAAAGGCAACCUUUGCUUUUAAUCGGACAGAGCACAAAAGCUAUGUUCUCCUCCCCUGGCAUGGAGGAAAGUUUAUUGAUAUAUAUGAAGUUGGCAUAUUUACUCUUUCACAUAUUUCAAAUAUUAUAGAAGAAAAGUCAUGCGUUGGAAAAAAUGCCAUCGUUUCUUCCACAGGUAACUUACUUGCCUUCGAAAAUGGUCCUAUCGUGGAAAGGCAUACUGGUUUGCAUAUUGCGGAACAUAACGUGAUAUCGGACAAGAAAGAUCUUCUAUUCGUGAAUGAUAAUCGACAUUUACUUAUAAUAUAUUUUGACGAAACUUUAUUAGAAAUCAAAUUGAAAUUGCUUGAUUCCUAUUCAGGCAUCGAAUUAGAUUCUGAGACAAUAUUGGAUAAACUUGAAUCAGGCCAAUUAAAACAUAUCCAACUUAUUAAAGACGAUAUUAUAGCUGUGAUCUCAAAUAACGAGACCACUAUCAAGAAAUGGCGUUGGGAAGAUGUUUUUUGCAGUCAGUCAGAGGAAAGUCGGUUAAUCGAAGAAAUUGAUUUUAGCGUAUCUGACAUUGAUAGUUUAGAAGUAAGUAUCGCUGGCUUCGAUAUUAAAGAUGAUGUUACUUCGGAUUGUUUAUUCCUAUUCUGGAAGGAUAGCGAGGAUAACAGUCACCUUAGAUGCCUAGUAUGGAAGCCUUCAACUAGUUUAUCACGCCCGUUCCAAUAUUUAUAUCAAAAUAGCAUUUUACGGAUCUAUAGUGAUGAUAAGAAGUUUUGCACUUCUCUGCCUCUAGAUUUAGUCAAAGAGGGUAAGAAUUUAUCUGCUGAAUGGAUGCAAUCGAGUUGUAAAUAUUAUUUUAACAACUCUAAAAGGUCAAGUUCUAUUAGUGAGAUACUGCUGAAUACUAUUAAACGAUAUGUGGAUCAUAAAGUAUUUAAUGGCACAACAGCUGUCGGUGACCUUAUCGAAAGUAAUAGUAUUGAUGCUGAUGCAAUAGUAGAGAACAUCUUGGAUGAGAAGCAUUAUAUACCAACGGGGAUCCAUAGUGAAAACAUACUAGUUAAAGUGAUCAAAAGAAAAAAAAAAGGGUGUCAGAAUAUUUCUUUAGUAUGGAAGAUACUUGAAUACUGUCUGAAUUGCUAUUUUCGUGAGAACGAACCAGGAUUUAUGUCCAUAGUUGUCGAUGCCCUUCCACAACUUGCAAUUCAUUAUCCGCAAAUACUUUCUAUAUUUUUAGAUCAGUGUACUAACAUGAAGGUUCCGUCAAAGUGGAAUAUAGAUUUGGAUGAAAAGGUGGAAUCGAAUCACUCAAAUCUUUAUGGUUGUGAAUUUAACUGUUUUACAAAAGCAGAAAGUUUGAAAUCUAAUUUCUAUUCUUUUUAUGAGAAAAAAUAUUCGCAUUCUGCCACGUACUGUCACGUACCAUUGUAUAACCUAUUUAACAAACCAAACAGAGAUAAAUUCUUUCCAAAAUUUGAUGAUUUUAGUCCGUUUACUAAAUUAACCCUUCUUCGACCUUUAGAAGUUUUUGAAUCUCCACUUUUCGAAGCCGUUAUUAUGUACAUAUGGCAUAACUAUAAAUACGAGGGCGACAAUAUAACCCUAUUAUAUCUAUUAAUUUUAUUUUACUACAUGGCUUACUUUUGCCUAUUUGUGGCAGCAAAUAGUAUUGUUUCAAGUAACCCUUUUGCUAGCUUUUUGCUGAUGAUUAUAAGUAUGUUUAAUGGGGGAGUUUGGGCAUAUUUUUGGUUUAGGCGAACCUUUGUAAGCAUAGCAACGUGUAUUGAAUUCAAGACAAAUAGUAACCUUCUCAGUAUCUUUAUCGAAUCAGCAGCAUUGAUUCUUCCUUUUGUUUCCGGGUUUCUAUAUAUUCUUAGAGGAAAUGCACCUCCCGAGCUUCAAUCGCUCUCUAUUUUAUUUUUGUGGGUUUAUAUCUUUUUUCAAUUUCGUGCCUUUGAGGGUAUUGGUAUAUUUAUUGCCGUUUUAAAAAAUACCCUCUGGAAAAUCAAGUGGCUACUUUUAAUUCUAAUCUUUAUCCUACUAUCCUUCUCUCAUACACUACUGGUCCUCUUGUCAGAUACCUUGCCUGAUAAUGGAUCUAAUACAUUUACGGGUUUUUAUCAAUCCUUCAAAAAUACCUGGUCGAUGCUUCUUAAUAAUUAUGAUUCUCUGAGACCAUGGACACAAAACUACAUGCUCGAUAUCUUUAUGAUUGUUUUCUCGUUAAGCACAGCAAUCAUAAUGUUUAAUAUUUUAAUCGCGCUAAUAAAUGAUUCCUAUAAGGAAACAUAUAAAAAGGCACGCACUAUAUGGAUUAUGGAACUAGCAACGAUGAUUGCAGAUAUUGAGAUUUUUUUUAGUAAUAACAGAUUCAACAAUAAGCUCGAGGAGGAUAAAAUCUCGAAGGAAUACAUUAAAAUCUUUACUGAAAUAGCAAAUGAAAUAAAAAUGAUAAACGAAGAAAUAAUGAAAAAUCAGGAGAUGGAACAAGAAAGUAUCUCAGUUAAGAAAAUAGAUUAUCAACAAAAUUAUUGGCAUUAA